GUCUUGUGAUUCACCAAAAAGAAGCAGGCCCCUCCCCUUCCUUGGGCCUUCCUUCCUCUCCAUGCACUUCUUUAUUCCUUCAGUUUCAAGUCACUGUUUUAUCGUCACCCACUGUCCUAUAGCCAUUGGAGAAUAUGCUUAUGUUACCGGGCUUCCUUCUUUUCUUUUCACGCCAUUGUUGCAGUGGGACGCCACUGACAAAAAAGAGGAGAGUUCCUUUCUAGCGUUUCAACUGCUCCCCUUUUUCGUGCUUGGGAGGAAUGGAAGGGAAGAUUCAGAAAAGCUAUUUUGAAGUGCUGGGAGUAUGCUGCCCUUCAGAAACCCCACUCAUUCACCGGAUCUUGAAGCCUCUUGAAGGAGUUCAGAAGGUCUCAGUUAACGUCCCAACAAAGACUGUCAUUGUUGUACAUAAUAACUUGCUGAUUUCUCAAGCUCAGAUUGUCAAGGUCCUCAACCAGGCGAGGCUUGAUGCAAGUGUGCGAAGCUAUGGCGGGAGGUCGGGGAAGACGAAAACCAGAAACUGGCCUAGUCUGUACACGGUGGGCUCGGGCCUUCUCCUCACCGCUUCCUUCUUCAAGACCCUCUACCGCCCCCUGCUUUGGCUUGCCCUAGCAGCAGUGGUAGUGGGAUUGCCACCGGUCAUCUUGAGAAGCUAUGCUGCAAUCCGUCGCCUCGUGCUUGACAUCAACAUCCUCUUGCUAAUUGCAGUUGGUGGAGCCGUUGCACUGCGAGAUUACCAAGAGGCAGGAAUGAUCGUAUUUCUCUUCACCUUUGCUGAAUGGUUGGAGUCGAGGGCAAGCGACAAGGCACGCGACAUGAUGUCAAGCCUGAUGAAGGAGAUGCCGCAGAAGGCCACCAUUGCUGAGUCCGGUGCAGUCGUUCACCCAAAUGAAGUGAAGGUCAACACGGUGCUGGUGGUGAAGGCUGGGGAAGUGAUCCCGAUUGAUGGAGUCGUGGUCAAUGGAAAGAGCGAAGUCGACGAGAAAAGCUUGACAGGGGAGUCCUUCCCGGUGGAGAAGACUGUUGGAUCUUUCGUGUGGGCCGGCACCAUGAACCUCACUGGAUACAUCGAUGUGAAGACUACGGCAGUCGCAGAGGAAUCAGCGGUGGCCAAGAUGGCGAAGCUGGUGGAGGAGGCGCACCAGAAGAGGUCCAGGACUCAAAGGAUGAUAGAAGAGUUCGCCAAGUACUAUAGCCCAAUUGUGGUGAUAGCGUCGGUUGGUGUAGCGGUGGUGCCGGCCAUGCUGAGGGUUGAUGACCUGCACCACUGGCUCUACCUAAGCCUGGUAGUGCUGGUCAGCGCCUGCCCUUGUGCCUUGGUUCUCUCCACCCCGGUCGCUACGGAAUGUGCCCUGCGCCGAGCAGCCUCUAUCGGCAUCCUCGUCAAAGGUGGACAUCACCUCGAGUCACUGGCACGUGUUAAGGUCAUGGCCUUCGACAAAACCGGCACCUUAACGCGUGGCAAAUUUUCGGUCUCCUACUUCUACCCCAAUUCUCGUGUUGUGAGCGGGGAGAAGUUGCUGUAUUGGGUUGCAAGUAUGGAGGGAAAGUCGAACCAUCCGAUGGCAUCUGCUCUUGUUGAGUACAGCAGAUUGAAUAACAUAGAGGCAUCUUCAGACACGGUGAAGGACUUCGUUGUAGUCCCGGGAGAAGGCAUUUCUGGGGACAUAGAUGGAAAUAAAAUUUCCAUCGGGAACCGAAGGAUGGCCAACAGGCUUGGUUGCGAAGUCGCCGCUGAAGGGGAGGAUGAAAAGAGAAGGGGUACAACAAUGGGGUAUGUGGUGGUGAAUGGAGUUGUGGCUGCUACUUUUGGAGUGUGUGAUGAGUGCAGACCUGGCUCAAAUCAAGUCAUUCAAGAGCUCAAAAGAAUGGGCAUCAAAACAGCAAUGCUCACAGGAGACAGCAAAAUAUCUGCCAUGCAUCUGCAGCAGCAGGUGGGGAACUCCAUAGACUUUGUUCACGCAGAGCUUCUACCAGAGGGCAAGGUCAGCACAAUUGAGGAUCUAAAGAAGCUUGGACUAACAGUAAUGGUUGGCGAUGGCAUGAAUGACGCACCAGCACUAGCAACUGCCUCGGUCGGCAUCGCCAUGGGCGUGUCCGGCUCCGCCAUCGCUACGGAGACCUCUCAUGUCACUUUGAUGUCCAAUGACAUAGGGAAGAUAGCAGUCGCCAUCAAGCUCGGCAGGAGAACCAACCGGAAGAUCAUCGAGAACAUAGUGCUGUCGGUCACGACCAAGGCCGCAAUUCUCGGGCUCGCAUUCGCCGGCCACCCCCUCCUAUGGGCUGCCGUUCUAGCAGAUGUAGGCACCUGUGUGCUGGUGAUCCUUAACAGCAUGCUACUGCUGCUGCAACAACAGCAAGAGCACAAUCCUGGGGCCGGCGGACAUGGUUCCCACGAGGGCUGUUCCCCUUGUGGCGACCGUGACAAACACCACCACAAGUCGGUCUGGUCAAGGCUACCAUGUGGGUCCCGGUCCGCCCACAAGAGCGCCUGUGUGUCUCACGAUGAAGGACAUGGACACCACCACCUGCAUGAGAACGCUUCUCUUUGUAGAGGGCACAAAGUAGAGAGCCCCUGCAAACACACUAGCCUAGGCCUAUCCAUGGAAGAGUAUGGACACAUGGGCUGCCGAGGCAACUGCCUUCCACACAUGCAACACUGUGAACAUGAAGAUCAUCUUCCUACACGUGUCACCCACGACCACGAUUCGACUCCGCACUUCGCCACCUGCCAUCAAAGGUGUGAAGACAACUGUGCAAAAGCAUGUACAGAAGUUGCCAUUUGCCUGCAUCCUCAUACAGACAUCAUCCCGCAGACGCACACGUGUGAAACCACAUAUGAGCAAAAACACCAAGAGUCAUGCUACCACACUGUCACGUGCGGCGGAACACACGAGGGCGACUGCAAGCACGCGAGUGGGCAUGCUUGUGCACACCAGCAUUCACACACAGUUAGUGACAUUGGAGAGGGAGAGAUAAGGGUUCAAGUGGAAGACAGAGAGUCGGUAGGGCAGGGUGAGCCUAGCUGUGGGAGAGGGGAGCUCACUUUGAUGAACCAUGAUGCAUUUGAGCUGCACGGUAGUACUGAGACAGAGUAUGGUGACAAGGACAUGAGAGGGGCGGGUAGGUGUUGCAGGAGCUUUUGCAGGCCCAGUGAAGGUGUCUGCAUCCAUGGGAGACCAUUUUUGAGUGAAAUUGUGAUCGAGUAAGGUCUAUCAUUUUUCCUUUUAGGGUUCCAUGUGGCUAUCCUUGAUAGCACGGCUCCGACACGUUCUACAAAGGAAGUGCAGGGCACUUCAUUAACCUCCAUUUGCCUUGCUUAUGAGAAGUGUCGUGACGCAAAGGGCGACCCUUUUUUUAUUGAGAUUUAAGAAAGGGGUCUAGUUUUCUGUUUGUCUUUUCUUUUUUCUCUCUUUUUUCUUUUUAGCUUUUUAUUUUCUUCAAAAAAGAUUAGAAACAAUUGUAGAUUUGAUCGACCGUAUUGAUCGUUGCUGCUUAUAUAUAAUGUUCGUCAUCAACCUCGACAGCAUACAUAUGUAUUCAUGGCUUUGGCUUUUGCAAAUCAUGGCAAUGAUGACAUUCCAAAUGUGAUUGCUUCUUAAAUUUAAGAGGCCCAACUGGCGCCACUUCUUCAUUCUUCUGGGUCUCAUUUGCUAUAGUUCAAGUUCAAC